AGGCAGACCAUGACAAAGUUCUGUCAGGAGCAUUUGGCUCCAAAGGCCCAACAAAUUGAUCAGGAGAAUGAAUUCAAAGACAUGCGGGCAUUUUGGAAGAAACUUGGGGAACUGGGAGUUUUGGGGAUCACAGCUCCUGCAAAAUACGGUGGCUCUGCUAUGGGGUAUCUGGACCACGUGCUGGUGAUGGAGGAGGUUUCUCGUGCGUCAGCAGCUGUUGGACUCAGUUACGGUGCCCACUCCAACCUUUGCAUUAACCAGCUGGUGCGAAAUGGCAAUGAAGCACAGAAAGAGCAGUACUUACCCAAGCUGAUCAGUGGGGAGCACAUUGGAGCAUUAGCCAUGAGUGAGCCCAAUUCUGGAUCGGAUGUUGUCUCCAUGAGGCUGAAGGCAGAUAAAAAAGGGGACUACUUUGUUUUGAAUGGGAACAAAUUUUGGAUCACCAAUGGACCGGAUGCAGACGUGCUCAUUGUUUAUGCUAAAACUGACCUUAAUGCUGUCCCAGCCUCCCGAGGUAUAACUGCAUUCAUUGUGGAGAAGGGAAUGCCAGGUUUCAGCACAUCCCAGAAGCUUGAUAAGUUGGGCAUGAGAGGGUCUAACACUUGUGAACUGAUCUUUGAAGACUGCAAGAUCCCGGCUAAAAACGUCUUGGGGCAGCUGAGCAAAGGAGUCUACGUUCUGAUGAGUGGCUUGGACCUGGAGAGGCUUGUGCUGUCUGGUGGGCCACUAGGGCUCAUGCAAGCUGUUCUUGAUCAUGCAUUUCCAUACCUCCAUGUGAGAGAAGCAUUUGGACAGAAAAUUGGCCACUUCCAGCUCAUGCAGGGCAAGAUGGCAGACAUGUACACCCGGCUCAUGGCGUGUCGGCAGUACGUCUACAACGUGGCCAAGGCCUGCGACCGAGGCCACUUCAACGCCAAGGACUGUGCCGGGGUGAUUCUCUACUCAGCAGAAUGUGCUACCCAGGUGGCUCUGGAUGGGAUUCAGUGUCUUGGUGGGAACGGCUACAUCAAUGACUACCCCAUGGGGCGAUUCCUGCGUGAUGCCAAGCUCUACGAGAUUGGGGCAGGCACCAGUGAAGUGCGCAGGCUCAUCAUCGGACGGGCAUUUAAUGCUGCUUUUAAGUAACACGAACCACUGGAUGGAGGG